UCUAAAUUGUUAUUUACUUUUGUUAACUGUGUCUGCUGUCAUCCAUGAUUGGAAGCAGAUAAACUAGACUCCUCCGCGUUCCGCCGCCGGCGCCGUAAUAUUUCCAAACAAUGUUGGUGCAAUCAAAGCUCCUCCAUCUCCGCCGCAUCCACCGGCUGCUUCCGUCCACGUUUUUGUCUCUGCGGCGAUGCCACAGCGAUUCACCCUCUCCUUCGCGAAAAGACCAGGAAUUGACGGUGACCCAACUUGUGGAACAUCUUCAAAACCCGGCCAAUCAUUGGGACUACGAUAAACUUCGUCCCUUUAUCUUCGAAGCUUCAGACCAUCUCCUCCUUGUCACUCUCCGCUUAAACUCCAUUCCCAAAGCCCUCGAUUUUAUCAAUUACCUCAGAAGCAGAACAGAGCACCACCAAGCCCUCUCUUGUGUGUUCGAAGGCGCUCUUGAACUCGCUACGCAGCACCCUAAUUCGCAGAAAGAGCUUCUCAUGCUUCAUAGUUACCGAAAAUCCAAUGGUGAUAACAUUGCUCUCACUUCCAGAUCUGCUUUCCUCCUUUUGAAGUGCCUAGGGGAGGCCCAAAUGGUGGACGAUUCGCUUCUUCUGUUCAAGGAGCUCGACCCUUGUUCCAAAAGUUCCGGAAUUUGCAACGAAUUGCUAAAGGGGUUGUUUAAAUCGGGUUGCAUUGAUGAUGCCCUCCAGGUGAUUGACGAAAUGCUUGAACGGGAUUCUGAUUUUCCUCCCGAUGAUUUCACGGGGGAAGUUGUUUUUGGGGUGUUGGGGAAGCAGGAGCGCCAUGGAAGAAGCUUUGCUGAUAAUGAAAUUGUGGGGUUGGUUACCAAGCUGUGUGAGCAUGGAGUUUUCCCUGAUGCGUUUAAGCUUACCCAAAUGAUAACGAAGAUGUGCCGGCACCGGAAGAAUGGUGUGGCGUGGGAUCUUUUGCAUGUUGUGAUGAGAUUGGGUGGUGCAGUUGCGGUUAAAGCUGCGUCUUGCAAUGCUCUGUUAACUGGGUUGGGAAGGGAGAGGGACCUUCAGCGGAUGAAUAAACUGAUGGCAGAAAUGGAAGAGAUGGGGAUAAAGCCCAGUGUUGUGACCUUUGGGAUUCUUGUUAAUCAUUUGUGCAAAGCUAGGAGGAUUGAUGAGGCACUGGAGGUAUUUGAUAAGUUGAGCGGCAAAGGAGAAGGUAAUGAUAGGUUUGAUGUUGAGCCUGAUGUGGUCUUGUUUAAUACUUUGAUUGAUGGACUUUGUAAAGUUGGUAGAGAGGAGCAUGGUUUGAGUUUGUUGGAAAAGAUGAAAACAACGAAGCAAAGUAGGCCAAAUGCAAUUACAUAUAAUUGUUUGAUUGACGGGUUCUGUAAAGCUGGUAACAUUGGUAAGGCUCGCAGGUUAUACAGUCAGAUGAUUGAGGAAGGAGUUCAACCAAGUGUGGUCACCCUCAAUACAUUGGUUAAUGGUUUGUGCAAACAUGGAAAGGUCCACGACGCAGUUGUGUUUUUCAAUGAGAUGAAAGGAAAGGGGUUGCAGGGAAACGCUGGUACUUAUACUGCGCUGAUAUCUGCCUUCUGUGGUGUGAAUAAUAUUGAUAAAGCCAUGCAAUAUUUCGAUGAAAUGUUGAGUUCUGGGUGCUCUCCAGAUGCAAUUGUUUACUAUAGUUUAAUAAAUGGUUUAAGCAUCGCUGGAAGGAUGGAUGAUGCCAGUGUAGUUGUGUCAAGGUUGAAGCGGGCUGGGUAUGGUCUUGACGUACGCUGCUAUAAUGUCCUCAUCAGUGGAUUCUGUAAGAAGAAGAAGCUGGAAAGAGUUUAUGAAAUGCUUAAUGAAAUGGAAGAAACUGGGGUUAAGCCUGAUGUUGUAACCUAUAACACUUUGAUUUCCUACCUUGGUAAAAUUGGAGAUUUUGCAACUGCCAGUAAGGUGAUGAAAAGGAUGAUCAAAGAGGGUCUUGAGCCUUCUGUUGUGACGUAUGGAGCAAUUAUACAUGCAUAUUGUUUAAAGGAGAAUGUUGAUGAGGCUGUGAAAACAUUUGAGGAAAUGUGUUCCAAAUCUAAGAUUCCUCCGAACACUGUGAUUUACAAUAUCUUAAUAGAUGCUCUGUGCAAGAAUAGAAAUGUAGAAAGGGCUGUUUCUUUGAUGGAUGACAUGAAAAUAAAGGGAGUUCGACCCAAUACAACAACUUAUAAUGCUAUUUUCAAGGGAGUUCGGGAUAAGAAAAUGUUGCAAAAAGCAUUUGAACUUAUGGACAGAAUGAUUGAAGACGCAUGCAGUCCUGAUUAUAUAACCAUGGAGAUUCUUACUGAAUGGUUUGAUGCGGUUGGUGAAAUAGAAAAACUGAAAUGUUUUGUUGAAGGGUAUCCGGUCUCAUCUUCUGCAUCAUCGCCAACUUCAAAUUGUAUGCUUUAGUCAAUGCAAGGGUUUUAGGUGUCAAAGCUUUACAGGAUUGUUUUCUGUGAGCUCAAUUUUUUAACACCGCGAAGCUCAUAGGGUCACUUGACACUCGUAAUUUAAUUCGCCGAUUUAAUGAAGAUAUGAAGGUUUGGUAUUCAAACACAAACUUAUCAGGCUCAAGGCCAAAGGUUAAGGUCAAAAGAUGUUGCUAUCACUUUCAUCGUCAACUUUCAAUGAGAACAUUUUUUUUUUCAAUCUUGAAUUUUAAGGUAGCUGUAAGAUAAGUUAUUUGCCUGUAUGCAAUUAUAAAGUCAAUUCAAUUCAUUCAUUCAU